AUGGAACAAGGCCCACGUAGAAGCGGGAGGCUCCGAGCCGCCGAAACUGCGAAAAGUCUGAAAGCCGCGAAAGCACCAACUGCUCCAGAACCACCAACUGUCCCAGAACCCCAAGCCAAAAAAGCGUAUAGCAGUAAAAAACGGAAAGUGGCCUCGGAUUUGGAAGGCAAUAAAGGCCAUUAUUCUGAAAACGCGCAGUGGCUCAUCGACCAGAUGUUGCUGGAUGCGAAACAGAAACAAGCUGAGGCCACGCAGCGAGCUGACCAGAACGCAGCCGACGCGGAAGCCUGGAGAAAUCUGCAGAAGAAUGUCGUAUCGGAGGAAAGAGAUGAUGAUGACUUUGAUCCAGACGAAAUGUCUCUCGACGAAAUGUCCCUCAACGAGUGGGACAACGAACCAGUUGAGAACGUCAAAACCGAAGCAAACGCCAAAACUGAAGCAAAAGUCAAGACUGAACCGUCCGAUAUAGGCAUCUUUGUACCUCGUAAGGCGGAGAAGACUGUCCCAAUUAUAGUCGCAAACGAUGAGAAUAGCAAUGGUGAUGAUGAUUAUGGCGACGUUGUCUUGGUCGAGUGGAACGACAUAGUGUCUGUGAAUACUGGAGGGAAUUGCACAGACAAAGGCAAAAGAAUUCAUGGGUAUCUCAACGCAGGAUGGAAUCGAUACUACAAAGUCAUAGGUCUGGGACCACGCCAUUACGAAAAGCUGGAAUUUGAAGUGUCACACAAUGCCGGAGAAAGAGAGGGGCUCACAAAUCUCAUGAAGACUAGGAAAGCUCUCGAAGAUGAAAAGAAAAACAAAAUCAUCGUGGACGGCGUCAAGUUAAAAGUGGACAUACAAGGCGUCGCGUGGAGUACAUCCCAAAACACCGAUGACCCGGUCGCCCUGAUGGACCCAAGAUAUUGGGAGAAAAUGAAAUCUGAAAGCAAAGGGAAACCCAAGAAGUUUCCUUUCACCUCGGUUUAUUUAAAAUGGACGACUACGCAUGCCGACGGUGACCCAACCGUCGAGAGAACCUUUGAGACGAGAUCCACAGUGCGCUCGAUUUUCGGCAGACAUCCCAGGCCCGCCCCAAUGGACUACAUGAUUGGCAGUCGAGUUGUCCUCAAAAAGGGAACAAUGAUGCCGGCUGGAGAUUUAGCAAUUUUUGCCGCAGCUAUUAUCUCAUUGGACCGUUACGAGAAGUGGCAAGAGACAGAAAAGGUCAAAGAGGAGGGUGAAGGCGGUGACCGGGACUACUGGAAAGAGCCUAGUCCGGCCCCGGAUGAACUCCUUCGGCCGAAUAAACCCACGCGUAUUACCAAAAAAGGGGCUAAGUAA